GGAGGACUUACUGUGCCAAAGAUUGCUAUGCCUCAUCUCAGAGUUCCAGAUUCACUGUUUUCUGCCAUGGACUUGACCAAAAUUUCAGACAUGACAAAGCUCCAUCAAGCUGUGGCUACUGGGGAUUAUAAUUUAGUGAAAAAGAUUUUGAAGAAAGGUCUUUGUGACCCAAACUACAAGGACAAAGACUGGAAUGAUCGGACCCCACUUCACUGGGCUGCAAUCAAAGGACAAAUGGAGGUGAUGCACAUCCUGAUAGAAUACGGAGCCAGUCCUUGCCUGGUGACUGAUGUAGGCUGGACCCCAGCUCACUUUGCCGCUGAGUCAGGCCACCUGAAUGUGCUCAAAACUCUCCACGCACUGCGUGCUGCCAUUGAUGCCCCUGACUUCUUCGGAGACACCCCAAGAAGGAUCGCACAGAUCUAUGGGCAGAAAGCCUGUGAAGCAUUCCUGGAGAAGGCAGAACCCGAGUGCCGGGACCAUCGCCGCGCCGCCCUCCAGCAGGGGCUGCCGCUAGAGGAGCGGGACCCAGAAUGGGACGCCAAGAAGAGGGAGCUGGAGCUGACUCUCCCUUCCCGGAAUCCAAACUCAAGGAAAAAGGAGAAGAGAAGCCGAGGGCCCCCCAGGCUCAGCAACCGCAGGGAGCGGAGAGUGUAA